AUGGCGUUGUGUCCGAAGUCAGUGCUAGUGACAGGGGCCAACAGAGGGAUUGGGCUGGAGUUUGUGAGGCAAUUCCUGGCUUUGAAGACUCCUCCGAAGUUUAUCUUCGCUUGUUGUAGAGUGCCGGAAAAUGUUGCGGACCUUAACUCAAUCGCGGAAAAGAGUCCGUCUGUCCAUGUCGUAAAAAUUGAUGUAACAGACGACUCGAUCAUAGGUGGAGCUAGAGCCUACGUGGAGAGCACCGUCGGAGCGGACGGUCUGAACCUUCUCAUAAACAACGCUGCCGUCGGCGUACAGAAGCGCCUACAGGAAGUCACGAGGGAAGAGAUGCGCCGUCACUACGAGGCUAACGCCAUUGGUCCACUGAUGGUGGCGAGGGCCUUUCUGCCGCUAUUGAAGCAAGCUGCAAGUCUGAGUCCCGCUGCGCCGAUGUCUUGUAGCCGGGCGGCCAUCAUCAACAUCUCCAGCGUACUGGCCUCAAUCUCUGAAAAUUCGUCCGGUGGAGGUUACGCCUAUCGACCUUCUAAAGCAGCCUUAAAUAUGCUCACCACAAACCUCGCUUUAGAGCUGAAGGAGGACGGCAUCUUGGCGACGGCGGUGCAUCCAGGGUGGGUGAAAACUGAAAUGGGUGGACCCAACGCUUUGAUUGACACGGGAGAGAGCAUAACUGCGAUGAUGUCCCUUCUUGCGAAACUGCAGGGCGAAGAGGGGACUGGGAAGUUCUACAAUGGAGUACGGGGUGGUUUGAUUGGUUGGUAACAAAACCAACUCAGGACUCUGUGGAGUUUUGAUUGGUUUGAAGAGGCUGUGUAUGGUGAUUUAAUUGGUUGAUAACGUUUUGUGUGGGUUUAUUUGAUUGGUAGCAGGCCAAGCGGUAUUUGAAUGGUUAGUAACUGCUUCGCUGAUCAACGUGAACAUAACCAUUGGUGCUAAUAAUCCUCACAACUUAACAAAACAUUGGAUUUACCCCAAGGACGAUACAAGAAUUCAUGUUUAUUUUGCUUCUUCUUUCAAAUAAUACAAAAAAAAGCGCUGGCAGGAUUUAAUUUCUUGUCUUCGAAAUGUCGCCUUGUCGGUGUGUGUGUUUCUUUUCUGUUGUGCUAGUUUAUCAUACGAUUUAUGAACCAAACUUUAAUGCAAUUUUAACCGCUCAAGAUUCGUGUUUGGUCAAUUUCAAUGAAAUUAAUGUCAGAAGUGUACCGCUUGACUUCUGCAGUAUGCGGACUUAAACAUUGCAGAAUGUUCUAAGCCCAUGGUCACAACGUUUCGCCACGUGGGAUCUAGAAUAUGGAAAUCACACAGAAGAAAGGUUGACUUUUAUGUGCUUCUCUCGUGUGACAUGUCAAAAAUGCCAAUUACCAAAAUGUCAUUGUUACUAAAUACAUUGAUGAUUACAUAAAUUUAGUGAAAGUACUUUUAUUUGUAUGUAGGGUUUUAGAAAAAACUGUUAAAUAUGUUUAAAGUUUAAACAUGUAUUUCUGGGGGCCCAAGCCUCUUUCGGUGAUAGAAGUUCAAUGAUUUAAUCUACAACCUAUGGGCCAAUGUUCACUAACGUCUAUGUACAUGUAUUUAAUUGGAUAAAUUAUUUGAA